GAAACCUAUCCAUUUUUUCAGAAAGGGAAUCGAAAGUCACCCUGUCUCAUUUAGGAACCUGUUUCUUUUCUCUUUUUCUUGCGCCAUCCGGUCAGAUUGUUUCCCCUCAACCUGGUGCAACAGUCGAGCAACGCGUCUGUAUAUAACUGCACACAGUGUUGGAGGUCUGUGUUGUUUACACGGUGGAAGCUGCGGACAGGACCUGACUCACUCAAUGCGGAAGAAGCAGCCCAGUACAGUCUGUUGAGGGACCGUGUUGUGAUUUCUAAUCUACCAGAGGUUCUGUGCCCACGUUACACGCUUCAUCCGUGACUGGCGCCUUGUGUGUUGCUGUUGUUCUGUUUGAGUCAUCUGAUUGUUGGUAGGCUGCAGGACCGCACACGUCUGACACUGGUUUGAACUCCUCUAGGUGCUCUCUAUGUGCUACCGGCCUGCCCUGACUUUCAACCAGCGCCUGCUGUUUUUGCCGCUGGACACACACUCAUACAGAGGCUGCGGACCCCGCUGCAUCGGCCCCCUUCACGCUCACCCCCUGCGCUAUGAGCAGAGGUAGGGGAGGGCCUUCCAAAGAACACUACCACCGAUAUCCACUACCCGACUUCCAGGCCAGGGAGAAUUACAACAGGCCUGGCCCGUCUUCCUUCUUUCCCAGAGCUGACCCGCAGCUGAGCCCGUAUUCAAGUUACUACAACAGCCCUCCCCCUCCUUUUGUGUCCACACAUCCCCCAGCUCCCUCUUUCAUUCCCUCUGCCCCACCCGAACCAAGCCACUAUAAAGGACCCCAGAAACCUGUGACCCCUAACAAUUCAUACUAUCAGAACCACUUUCCCUGUCCUGUUCCAAAUUCAUUUAAGCACCAACAGUCGGAGUUCCUGAGAGGUCAAAGCUCCGAGGCUCCACAGUUCAGAACCAGUCUGCGAGGAGGUGGAGUGGUACCAGGCAGACCGCCCAGUUCCUCAUAUCAGCCCCAGUCAGGAUAUAAUAGAUUUCUAAACCCUAACAGCAGCCCCAGGGGUAGAGGCGGGUAUAGCCAAGAGCACAGCUUUGAAUACUCACCCAGUUUUGGACCCCAGCAAGGCCUUCGGCACCUGAAUCAAACCCAGUUGCUAGGUAAAAAACACAACCAGCACUCCAACAGACAAUGGUGCGAACAAACAGACUCUCUGUGUGACAAUUUUGAUAGUUUGUCUCUUCAUCAAGACUGGACCAGCAGAAGAGACAGCUUUGAUAGACAUUCUGAAUCCAGCAGCUCAGCAGCUUCAAGCUCCGGUAAGAUUAACAUCACUCUCACUGCUGCCAUCCAGGACCAGGUACACAAAGCUUUGGCUGCUUUAAAUCCAACUGACAGCGUCCCUGCAAAAGUGUUAGCCAGAAAGCUGCGUCUGCCCAAAAAGAUAGUGAACAGGGCCCUGUACUCGUUGGAACGCUUGCAGAUAGCCUCUAAGCAAGGACUUCUCCCUCCUGGGUGGAGUCUUUACAGAGAACCUCUCAAUUGCACAGAAGGUCAAAACGCUGAAGUAUAUACUCCUCUAUCCAAUCUGUGCGUCCGUUUAGAGCAACCCCAGAAACCUGAAGUCAAGGUUGAGCAAGGGAACAGGGUACAGGCCAAGGGAGAGGACUCGGACACAGAAUCCAGUUCUACGCUCUGCUCUUCCUCAGAGUCAUCAGACUUUGAAGGAUCCAGGUCAUCGGGAAAAGGUCAGCACACAGAGAAACCACAUUGCAGCAGCACCACCUCCCCUGAUCAGGAACUGCAAUUUCCCACAAUGACGGAACAGAAGGACCUAGUACUGCGCUACCUGCUGAAGGCAGGGGAGGCAACCGCACUUGUCAUAGGCAAAAAUCUGGGUUUAAGGAAUGCCAUUCAGGCCACACUUUAUGCUCUGGAGAAGCAAGGCGAAGUCGUUAAGAAUGGUGAAGUCAACCCUCCCACCUGGGAGCUCUCCACCCACCGCAGGGAGAGAAUGGAGAGGAGCAUCAAAGCUGCAAAGAGCACCGCAGCUAAGGGGGUUCCGAUGGAGGAGGGCUCAGGAUCCAUCUUCCAUCCAUCAACAACACCGCCGAUACCGGGCCUCGAGCAACUUUCACUUCCAGAGGAUUGGAUAUCGGAGAAGUCCGACUCCUCCCUCCGGCCCCCCUCGUUUAGCCCCUGUAAAGCCAAAGAGGCCAACGAAGGACAGUGGGCCACCGACGAUAUCCCAGAAUUCCUCAAUGCCAUUCGCAGGGAAACGGAUGCCGGAAAACUGGCGGCAGACAAGUCCAAUGUUGUGGGAACUAUUGCCGUCUCGCUGGCUGCCCCGCCUCCGCAGAACCUAUGGGCCAAGCUACAGGAAGUGAGGCUGAAGAACCCAGUAAGCGGCCUCAUGGAGUAUGCCCAGUAUCUGGGCCAGAACUGUGAGUUCCUGCUCCUUGACCAGUCGGGACCCUCCCACGACCCAAGAUUCCGUAUGCAGGUGAUGCUCAAUGGGCGCUUGUUUCCCGUCGCAGAAGCUUCCAGUAAGAAGGUUGCCAAAAAGGACGCCGCCGCGGCCACUCUGCGCAUUCUUUACGCAGAGAUGCAGGAAGGGGCGACCACAGGGGACAAUGGAAAUGUUGAAACCACAAUCAAAAUCAUGGACAUACAACCUGAAACCACCGUGACAGUUGAAACCAUGGGUGAAAUCUUUGGGCCCAAUAAUGUGGAAGGGAUAGAGAUGUCGGAGGGACCUCGCCAGCCGUUGUCCCGCUCUCUGCCUGGUGGGAAAAAUCCAGUGUCCGUCUUGAUGGAGUACAGCCAGCGCAGUGGCAACCCCAUCGAAUUCAUCAUCACCGGGCAGGCAGGCCCGCCACAUGACCCACGGUUCAUGUACAGAGUAAAGGUCGGAGAGAACUUGUUUGCAGAGUCCUCCGCUCCAAGUAAGAAGGCAGCCCGCCAGCUGGCAGCAGAGGGAGCCGUCAAGGAAUUAAUGGCUGACGGGAGGUUGCAGCUCAGCAAGCCCCAGUUGCCCCUAGGCUCUUCCAGUGAUAGUGACAGUGCUGGGACCACGUGUCCCUCUCUGCCGCCUCUGACUGUAGAUGAGUUGCGAGCAGCUCACGAGGCAGGGGUGGGGGACCUCAUCAACCACCUGAACAACAACGCAGUGUCAGGUCUUCUGGAGUACGCCAGAGCCCGGGGCUUUGCUGCCGAGAUCCGGCUCGUGGGCCAGUCUGGGCCAGCACAUGAGCCUAAGUUCACCUACCAGGCUAAGCUCGGCGGACGGUGGUUUCCUCCAGUCUGUGCAUCAAACAAGAAACAGGGAAAACAGGAAGCAGCAGACGCCGCUCUCCGGGUUCUGAUUGGAGAAGCUGAGAGGGCAGCCCGCACUGGGGAGCUUAUCCCGGCCGAGCUUCCAGUGAGUGGCAGCACUCUGCACGACCAGAUAGCGAUGUUGAGUCACCAGCGCUUCAACGCCUUGACGACACGUAUCCAGCACAGCCUUCUGGGACGCAAGAUUCUGGCCACCAUCGUCAUGAGGAAGGGGGAGGGCCUGGGGACUGUUGUCAGCCUGGGAACUGGAAAUCGCUGCGUUAAAGGGGAGGAGCUGAGCCUUAAAGGGGAGACAGUGAAUGACUGCCACGCAGAAAUUAUUUCCAGAAGGGGAUUUCUUAGGUUUCUGUACAGCGAGCUGCUGAAGCACUACGACGGCGCAGAAGACAGUAUAUUUGAGAUGGCGGAGUCAGACAAACUGCGGAUCAAAGCUGACAUCACCUUUCACCUUUACAUCAGCACAGCACCGUGUGGGGAUGGGGCUCUGUUUGAUAAGUCCUGCAGUGAGUCCGGCGAUGACGUCGAGGGCCACCAGCCUCUGUUUGAGAAUACAAAGCAGGGCAAGCUCCGCACCAAAGUGGAGAACGGUGAGGGCACCAUCCCAGUGGAGUCGAGUGCCAUCGUGCCGACCUGGGACGGCAUCCAGCACGGAGAGAGGCUGCGGACCAUGAGUUGCAGUGAUAAGAUCCUGCGCUGGAACGUGCUGGGCCUGCAGGGGGCGCUGCUCACCCAUUUCAUGCAUCCCAUCUACCUAAAGUCCAUCACACUCGGUUACCUGUACAGCCACGGCCACCUGACACGUGCUGUCUGCUGUCGAAUGGCGAGGGACAGUGAAGCGUUUGUGGAGAGUCUUCCUUCUCCAUUCGUGCUCAACCACCCAGAGGUGGGCAGGGUAAGUGUGUACGACUCCACACGUCACACAGGAAAGACCAAAGAGUCCAGUGUGAACUGGAGCUUUCAAGACCAGCACAGUGUAGAGGUGCUGGACGGGACCAAAGGCAAACUGGAUGGAAGAGUCGUAAUGUCUCUCCCCUGCAGGAACAAGCAGAGCAUUUCCCGUGUUUCCAAGUCCAACUUGUUCUCCGUAUUCCGCUCUCUGUGUCAGCGGUGCGGCCGCACAGACCUCCUCGCUCUUCCAUCUUAUUCCCACGCCAAGAUGGCGGCCAUGUCCUUCCAAUUGGCAAAGCAGCAAUUCUUUGAAGGUCUCGGCGUCCACGGUUACGGUGCCUGGAUCAGCAAACCGCUGGAAGAGAAGAGCUUCGAGGUCUUAGAGGGACUUCGGAAAAACGGAGCAAGUUUGCCCUCUGGAUAUGGCAACAGUAGAAACGGAGCAGCGUUAGAGCAAGGAGGCGUAGAACAGUGCAUUACUAAGUGAGUAUAGAACCUGGAGGAGGGGAAAAAACACCAGACUGGGGCAGACGUGAAGGGGGAAAGAAAAGGACAAUCAAACUCUGUGUAGCAAGUUGCCAGAACCAUAUCUUCUGAUUGGACAUGGCUAACGGCUGCUGAGGAGGAGCGAUGCAAAGGAACCGUGUGAAUGACCAGGGCAAAGCCUGAUGGGUGACUGGGGUCAGAGUUCACACACAGAGCUUUGAAAAAGAGAUUCAGAGGGUAAACAAAACAUAUAUAAACACUACAUACAAAAGGAAUUCGUUUGAAGUCGAUACAUUAACCUGACAAACACUGCUACAAAGCUGAGCUGUUUGCUCUCAAGAUGAUUGCUGCUUGUGUCUCAAUCCUUUUUUCCAGAGUGUAAUUUCAACUGCUCUUUGUUAUAAUAGUGCUUCCCUCGGUUUUUGGACCAUUGACAUUAUUCAGCUUCUUUUGGCAAACGCUUGUUUGAUUUUUUUCCUUGAGAGCUUGAGUAGCUGCGUUUAGUCGAUCUCAAGCCUGCUUUGUCGCAGUGUUUGCAAUUGUUAAGUGAAGAUGGCGUUCAAAUGUCAUGAGGUGAUUAUUUUUUUUUUUCUGCUCCCUGUGUUCUACUUCAUGGAAACGCAUGCAACUGCUAUAUGACAAAAAGUUUUUUUCUUAUUAUUUUUUUCAGUCAUCCUGAUUGACUCAAUGAAGUGAAUCUUGAAAUCAGUACCUGCUCGGUACAGUCCCAGCUUAAAUGUAAAUUCAGAAGGUUCACCGUACAUAAGGCCAUCAAUAAACACACUUACUCUGAUCAGUGACAAACGCUUCAGCUCCUCAAACUCUGAAGACGUCCAUCCGGCCCUUUUCUGAGUAACACCAGCUGUAAGAUUCAUUCAUUGUACACCCUCCCUCCACAUAGUGUUGCCAUGGUUUCCAUUAGCACAGUGUAGGUAAGUGUGACCCUCUGAUCAGUGCCACAAGUUCCUCUGUGCUUUUGUGCUUUUAUAUAGAAUUACUGAUGUCAAGAGCUCAAAGACGUACAACCUUUCUGUUUCCUUAUUGCUUGUGGGUCUGUUUUUGAGUAUAUCUCCAUGUUUAACCAAUAAGAUAAUCAAUAACUGGUCAUGGGAGCGAGUCUCUCCUGUCCUGCAUGCAGCCAGUCUGCAUGUUCUUGUUUUUUUUCACAACUCAAUAUACAAAAAGACAUCCAGGUUCUCUCACAUGUCCAGUUGUUGUCUCACCUAGUAGCACUAGGUGAGGACAGCUUGUUUAAGGAGAAUGUUUAGGUUCUUUUUUUCCCCUUGUUUCGGUUUCAUGUACUUGGAUGAUGCAAUAUAUACAUCAAGUAUAUACAAAUACAUGGACACACAGAUGUGAAGUGGGGUCCAAAAGCCUGAGUCUCAGGUUGAAGUUGUGUUUGAGGUCUGGAGAGGAAGCCAUGCAGGUCAAUGCUCCAUUUUGUUGAGCAUUGAUGCAUGAGCACAUUAUUUUGCUUGAUAUUUCAUCUUAUUUUAAACGGUUUUAAGUCACCUUUCCUGGAACAUGUGUUGUUAGCUCCCUUGUUGUAAUUACUUGUUACAUUUCCUCAAAGGUGUACCUUAUUUGAAUAAGAAGUUUUAAAAAGAAAAGGAAAUGUGCAGCUUUCAGUAUUGGACUCAGACUUUUGAUCCCCACUAUUUCAGUAUAAGGUUAUAUAUAAAUAUAUAAAUAUGUGUGUGUGUGUGUAUAUGUAUAGUUUUCAUGUAUAUAUUUUGUAAAUCAUCAAAAAUAGUUUUCUAUAGUUUUCCUGGUGUUUUAAUGGAUUAUGCCAUUUUUUUUUACCAAUAAAGUUUCAAAAGUU